GGCCACAGAUGCAGCUUUACCUGUGAUCUCUUUUACCUGACCCCUCUCUCCUUCCUCUUCCCUCUUCCCUCUUCCCCUUCAUAGUAAUGAUUCCAUAGCUCUCUCUCUCUCUCUCUAUUUUGCAUGAACUCUGUUGUCAAGGACCCAAAACCAAACAAAACCAAAGCAAUCAAUAAGUUGUAAAGCUUCUCAUAUCAUACCUGUUUUUAGCCUGCAUACUAGCAUCUUCUUUUUCUCUAUAUAUGUAAAAAUCUGCAAUUUCACAGAACUGGUGCAGAAAGUCUUGUGUCUCAGAUCCCAAUAUAACACUCUUCUCUCUCUCUCUCUCUCUCUCUCUCUCUCUCUCUCUUCUGCAUACCUGAUUCCCACAGUUAAGAAGCUCUUUUGUGGUCCUCAACAUCAAUCGAGGUCUACCCUUUUGUUUUCCUUCUUUAAAUACCCUUCUCUUCUUCCACUACAUACCCUUUAUUUGAUUCCUAUUUCCAUAAAUAACACAUACAUACCCAUAAACAUUGUUUUAGAAAUUAGAGCUUAGAAAAUGCAAGAACAAGGUCUUGUCAUGAUGGGUUCUGGUGGCGGGGGUGGUGGUGGUGGCGGCAGUGGGAUCGGUGGCUUAAUGGAUUUUUCCGGCGACCAGUACACCCAACUCAAGGCCGAGAUCGCCACCCACCCUCUCUACGACCAGCUUCUCGCCGCCCACGUGGCGUGCCUCCGGGUCGCCACGCCGAUCGAUCAGUUGCCGCUUAUCGACGCUCAGCUCUCUCAGUCUCAACACCUUCUAAGGUCUUAUGCCUCGCAACACCACCACCAUAACCCUCCUCUCUCUCCCCAUGAGAGGCAAGAGCUUGAUAACUUCUUGGCACAAUAUAUGUUUGUCUUGUGUUCUUUCAAAGAACAGCUCCAGCAACAUGUCAGAGUCCAUGCUGUUGAAGCUGUCAUGGCCUGCCGUGAAAUUGAACAGAACUUGCAAGUCCUCACUGGAAUUACUCUGGGCGAAGGAACGGGUGCAACAAUGUCAGAUGAUGAGGAUGAGCUCCAAAUGGAUUUCUCGCUAGAUCAAACAGUUGCUGAGGGACAUGACAUGAUGAUGGGGUUCGGUCCACUGCUUCCAACAGAAUCUGAAAGGUCUCUAAUGGAGAGAGUUCGACAAGAACUCAAGAUUGAGCUCAAGCAGGGAUUCAGGUCCAGGAUUGAAGAUGUCAGAGAGGAAAUAUUAAGAAAAAGAAGGGCUGGGAAAUUACCAGGUGACACCACUUCAGUGCUCAAAAAUUGGUGGCAGCAACAUGCUAAAUGGCCCUACCCAACUGAAGAUGACAAAGCGAAACUCGUGGAGGAGACAGGCUUGCAGCUAAAGCAAAUCAACAACUGGUUCAUCAACCAAAGGAAGCGCAACUGGCAUAGCAACUCACAGUCCGCAACAGCCCUCAAGUCCAAGCGUAAAAGGUAGACAAUUUAUCUUCAUUGUUUCAACUGAACAAUGACCUGAGAGCACACAGACAAUAUGUCUAUAUAUAACUCUAUAAAGCUAUUAUAUAUAACCUCCAAGGCAGACAUCUAAGCAACACAUUGUCAGAACAGCGGGAAAAUUGGUAGUUAGAUAUGGUGCAAAAAACAGGUACAGAAUGUAAUAUAUGGUGUUAGAAUGACAUACUUGUGAACUUGUAGAUUUCUAUAUUGACAUGAGUGAAAACUGACAUAUCUCUUUAUACCACUGGAAUGCCUAUGUGUCUGUUUCUUUUUGAGAAACACUCUGUAAUUGAUCUAUUCCAGUAACAGCAAGUAAAUUACUUGCAGAUUAUUUUACACUCAAAAUGUAAAUUUUGAAUUUGGAUUCUCAUAACAUGUUUUUGUGAA